AUAUACCAAACCACUACAACUAAAAUAUAGGAUAAAAUACAAUUUGACAUGGAUAAGUUGAAUAAUAAUUUAUAUCAUUAUUAACUUUGAUCUCCAUCCCCUUCCCCUCCUCCUGUGUGAUUCUAGCUAUAAGUGUUAUAGCUACAAACAAACAAAAGGCGGAGAAUAACUUUAUUUGUUUUUUGGGGUGGAUUUUCCCUUGAAGCUCCCACCCUUUCACUAACACCGCUCCUCAAUUUUUUUAUUUGUAUCCUUCCCCUUUGUUUCACAACAUCAACAAACAUCGCCGGGCAAAUAAACACAUAAACUAUGAGUGCUAAUAAAUAUUUAAACAGAUCACAUGUCAUGUAAUACGAUAUAACAAUAAAACGAAUACAAAUAUAUUGUUCUGUUAAAUUUGUUUUAAACAUUUAUUUUUAUAUAUAUUCAGGGGACCUGCCCAACAACUCUUCAUUCAGGUACGUAUAUUCGUUGUUAGUUCUGAAUAAAAGUAUGAAAAAAAAAAAAUCCAUUUAUAUUCUGGAAAAACUUGAAGAACCACAUCCAAAACGUCAUGAAAAGCUGCAUCGCAGAUUGAGGCUCACAGCACCGCCCACUGGUGAGAGGGGAUACUGCGUGAUGACGCGCCACACUGCGCUAGUUACGCAGCUCUCCGUGGCGACGUAAACACGUGUUUUGCCGCUUCCAGGUUAAUUUUUUUUCAUUCCACUGUCAUCCUCGCGCUCUCGCAUUACUCCCUGACAACAGCAGCGAUGGCGGAGCCCGUAGCAUCGGAUGCGGCGGCCACAACGGACGCAGCAGCAUCCCCGACCCCGGGCCUCUAUCCCCUAGCCAGCCCGGGCUCGGAGCCUCCAUCCAUGGCUCUGUCCCCCACGACGGACGGCUCCCAACGGCUGCUCUUCUCCCACGACCUGGUCUCCGGGCGGUAUCGCAGCUCGGUCCGGUUUGGCCUCGUCCGGAUGAUCCACGGCGAGGAGGAUUUUAACUCGGACUCGGACAUCGACGAUGGCGGAGGGAGAGGCGGAGGAGGAGGUGGCGACGGAGGAGGAGGAGGACGAGUCCCGUGUGGCUCGGACACCGAGAGCCCCGUGGACACCCCGAGUCGGCCUCUCUGUCAGGGAUUCGUCCGCGUCCAGUGGUACCCUGAAGGAGGGAAGCAGGACGUCAAGGAGACAAAGCUGAAACUUGAAGAUCGAUCCAUCGUCAUCAGAGACAUUGUGCGAAGAAAUAAUUCUAAUGACAACCAGUGUGGUAUCGUGACCAACAUUGACAUCGAGUGUGCCGUGAAACUGGUGGGAACCAACUGUGUUCUGUAUCCAGUGAACAGCAAAGACCUGCAGCACAUCUGGUCAUUUAUGUACGGCGACUACAUCGCCUAUGACUUCUGGCUGGGGAAAGUGUACGACCUCACGAAUCACAUCAUCCUCAAGCUCUCCAACGGUGCCAGGUGCUCCAUGAGUGUGGAGGACGGUGCCAAGCUUUACGACGUCUGUCCACAUGUCAGCGAUUCGGGUCUGUUCUUCGACGAGGCGUAUGGUUUCUACCCAGGCCAGGUCCUCAUCGGUCCGGCCAAAGUCUUCUCUAACGUACAGUGGCUGUCGGGGGUCAAACCUGUCCUCAGCCGGAAGUGCAAGUUCAGGGUGGUGGUCGAGGAGGUGAAAGUGGUGGAACUGAAGGUGACCUGGAUCACAAAGAGCUACUCUCCCAAAGGCUCGGACAGCGUGUAUCCGCCUGCCUCCACCAUCACACAGGAACAUCUCUGCUGGGUGAGGCGUCUAGGAUACUACGACCACACCCAGAGGCAGCUGGGAGAGAGGGCCCUUUAUGUUUUCCAUGCCAAGGGGGACGCCACGCGCAUCACCUGUGAAGGGCCCGAGGGUGCCCCCUUCCUGCCUGAAGACCCUGCGGCCAGAAAGUUGAAAAGGUUGUUCAAGAAGGAUUCGGGGAAGAAGACGGAAACUGCCGACUCACAAGGGGAGCACAGAUCAGAGCCGACCGACUCGUCUCAUCCCAACAACGGCUCUGUGGCGCCCAUCCAGAACCCUCCGGACUCCCAGAACACCAUCGACCCCUCGGCUGAACACGGGGAGCAGGACGCCGACGACGAGGCGGCAGAAGACACGGACGAUACCAGCUCUCUGACGUCAUCGGCCAGCUCCACAGCCUCCUCUCAGAGCGGCGGCCUCGGGGUCCACCGCAAGAAGAGCGUCCCGCUCUCCAUCCGUAACCUGAAGCGGAAGCACAAGAAGAAGAGGACCAAGUUUUCCCGCGAGUUCAAGCCCGGAGACCGGGUCGCAGUGGAAGUGGUGUCCACAAAGACCACCGCUGAUGUGAUGUGGAAGGACGGGCGGGUGGAGACGGGGAUCCGAUCAAAUGACCUCAUCCCCAUCCAGCACCUCGACAGCCAUGAGUUUUGUCCCGGAGACUUCGUGGUGGACAAACGACCCCAAGCCCUCCAGGACCCGGGAGUGUACGGUGUGAUCCAGUCUGGUGACCACAAGGGCCGAACUUGUAUCGUCAAGUGGAUCAAACUCAACUCCACCAGCGACGACGUGGAGGUUUUCGGUAUGGAGGAGGAUGUCAGUGUCUACGACAUCGCAGAUCACCCAGACUUUCACUUCCGCACCACCGACAUCGUCAUCAGAAUAUGGAACUCGGAGAACGAACGCCACGACUGCGAAAACGAGACGUCGGUCGGCCAGGUGUCCAGGGUGGACGUGAGCAGCAAAGUGGAGGUGGUGUGGGCGGAUAACUCCAUGACCAUCGUCCUGCCACAGCACCUUUACAACGUGGAGUCUGAGAUCGAGGACACGGACUACGACUCGGUGGAGGAGACGAGCAGCGUCCUGUCCACCGAGGAGUGGGAGGACGACAGCGACAGCUGGGAGACGGACAACGGCCUCAUCACCGAGGACGACAGCUGCGUCAACAAUGCCGAUGUCAUCGAGACGUCGACUCCGACCCCCACGAGCUCCGCGGUGUUUAUCAUCCCCCCUCAAGAGGGCAGCAAAGCUGGGGUCACCAGCCCCACUAAAGGAGGCCCCGGAGAGGAGGGAGAAGCCUCGGUGGCUGCUGCCAGCCCUGCUUCUGGAGGAGGAACCACUUCAGGAGCGGAGAAGCCCAGCAAAGACGGGGCCUCUCGGGGCUUCAAGGAGCUGAAAGAGGCCCUGAAGAUCCUGGAGAGCCUGAAGAACAUGACCGUGGAGCAGCUCUGGACCGGCGGCUCUCCGACCUCCCCGACCUCCGUCGAACCCGCCUCGGCAACAAACGUGGUGACUUCGGUGACGCCCACGGCCCCGGAGAAACCGACGAGGGAGAAGCGCUUCCUGGACGACAUCAAGAAGCUGCAGGAGAACCUGAGGAAGACGCUGGACAACGUGGCCAUCGUGGAGGAGGAGAAGAUGGAGGCCGUGGUGGAGGCGGGCGGAAGUGGAGGAGCGGGGCCAGAGGUGGAGCGAGCCGGAGAGGAGAAGCCGCAGCAGGAGCCGCUGACGCCGCUCGGUGCUCAGGAGUGGCCCAGUGAGUUCCUCAGCGACACGCCGGUCCUGCUCCAACAGAGCGGGGGCAAGCCUGGCGUCACCUUCACCAGUGCCAAGGGAGAGGUGUUCUCUGUGCUGGAGUGGGCUCCAGACACUCAAUCAUUUAAGAAAAUGGAGUUCCAGCCAGCGGAGGCAAAGAAGUUCUUCAGCACAGUGAGGAAAGAGAUGGCUCUGCUCGCCACGUCGCUGCCCGACGGCAUCAUGGUCAAAACAUUCGAGGAUCGCAUGGACCUGUUCUCCUCUCUGAUCAAAGGGCCGACCCGUACGCCCUACGAGGACGGCCUCUUCCUGUUCGACAUCCAGCUGCCCAACAUCUACCCGUCUGUGCCGCCUCUGUUUCGCUACCUGUCGCAGUGCAGCGGCCGCCUCAACCCCAACCUCUACGACAACGGCAAGGUCUGCGUCAGCCUGCUGGGCACCUGGAUCGGCAAGGGCAAUGAGAGAUGGACCAGCAAGUCCAGUCUGCUGCAGGUCCUCAUCUCAAUACAAGGCCUUAUCCUCGUCAACGAGCCGUACUACAACGAGGCCGGCUUCGACAGCGACCGCGGCCUCCAGGAAGGGUACGAGAACAGCCGCUGCUAUAACGAGAUGGCCCUGAUCAAGAUGGUCCAGUCCAUGACGCUGCUCCUCCAGCACCCCGUGGAGGUCUUCAAGCAGGAGAUCCAGGAGCACUUUGCGUCCAACGGCUGGCGGCUCGUCCACCGCCUGGAGGCGUGGCUUGAGCUGAACGACGGCGCCGAGAGGGCCCAGGCAUCGCACAUGUCCUCCAGGGCCCAGCACUCGAGGGACCGACCCUCAAUGACGGAGCCUCUGGAUGAGCAGGGGCCCGUGGCGGUGGCUCACAGCAGCCCCAGCAAGCUCACCGGGGAGGAGGGGGUCAUCGGAGCCGGAGUGAGCAGCAUUAUGGAGGAGGAGCUAGAGGAUUCAGGGCUGAGUCCCUCCACGACGGCGGCCUCUCAGCCGGAGCUGAGCCAGAACUCGGACUGCGACGGCAUCCAGGGGAGCGGCGUUCUGGGCGGAGAAAACCGAGCGGCCUCCAAAGUCGCCGGCUCUGUCGUGCGCAGCGGCGCAUCGGAGUCGGGUUCAGUCGUGGUUAGCGGAGGAGGGGCGGGCGCCGCGGGGAGCCAGCCGGUGGUGCGACCAAAGAAACGGAGAAAGAGCUACCGGAGUUUCCUCCCGGAGGGCAGCGGCUACCCGGACAUCGGCUUCCCACUCUUCCCGCUCUCCAAGGGCUUUGUGAAGAGCAUCCGCGGCGUGCUGCUGCAGUACCGAGCUGCGCUGGCCGCCGCCGCCAUCCCUCAGCACACAGAGGACAACGUCUCUUCAGAUGAGUGUGAUGGAUAAAGUGGGCGCUCACUCAUUUGCACAAACCGACGGGGGCUACGCCGUCACACGGGAACCCUCAUCUGGUCAAGGACACAGGUAAACACACUUUACUGAAGGCCAUCGCGGACUCUCACCUGGCCUCAGCAGGACUUUGACUUUAGGUGUUGUGGUUUAAAAAAUUGAAAAACCGACGCCAUGGACCCUCACCCACCCUCCUCACCCACCCAGCCUCCAGCAGCACUAUGCCAUACUGGUUUGGGAUUUGCUGGAUGAACCACUCAAUCGGCCUUGGAAACGUAUCGAUGGCUGAAGAGCUCUCCCAGCUGCGGCUCCCUGUAGCACUACUGAUGACAUCGCCGUCCCAUCCUGCACUCCAACAAACGAAUACGCCCAUUCUGCUCUGGGAGAGGGGGCGGCUUCUCUUCAAAUGGAAAUCACUGGUUGUACGCUUUCUGCCAAAAUGUUCUGUGUUCUGUUUCCAGACGCCAGCCAGGCAUAGCACGGCAGUCAGGUGGCGCUCUGCUCUCCGUCUCUGCGUACGCGCUCCAGUCGAAGCUUAACGCGGCCGCCGCCUCCACAGACGAGAGGGACGUUCACUUUCUGUAGUAUUUAGCGAAGGUCGACCAAAUGGAACGUGUGCUUUUUUGGUUAUCGUGCUCUUUUAAGUUUUACUCCCAGAGGCUGAAGUGUAGGUUUCAGAGCAAAGCUUUACCCACAAUGCUCCACUUCCCUGCCGGAGAUGAACCCCCAUCACAUGGCACAAUUUAAAGAAUAGAAUAGGAAACGACCCACACACAGCAUCCAUAACGUCACCGCGUGUCAACAUGUUGCCUUACUUGACUUGUUCUUACUGAUCUCAGAUCGUCGUGUUCUUGCGGCUCGCGGCGACACGGGCCGAGUCACGCAAACCACGAGAACCUGAUCCAGUGUUCUCUUCCUCGAUAGUGCAGAUCUCUGAUCAGUUGCGUCUUUUGCUGUCGAUUUAUUUUCCUCCAAAUUGCACGUGCAGAGUUUGAUACCAUUAGAAGACAAACUACCGUGAGACUGAAGGUUUGUUAUUAUUAUUUUUGCUUUAUAAAACUUUUCUGUUACCUCGUUUUUUUUUCUGCCGACUUCAGCGUCUGAUCCCACGAAGGCGACCGGCGACCCCACCGACGAGGGGAAAUCUCACGCAGACGAAACUUAAACUGACGACUCGUCUGCGAUCGGCUUUUCUUUAGUUCAAUCUGGAUGAAAGAAAUCCAGGUUUUCAUCACCAAGUUCCCGUGACACGUUAUGAAAGAAAGUGAAAAAGUAAAACUCCCCUUUGGGUCCAAUUGUGCUUCCUUGGAAACUGAGAGCAGUCUUUGUUUACAUCUUUUUAAAUAACUGCAUCCCGCCUUCAACAUAAUGCUCUUUUCUUUUUUUUCAAGAUAUAAAAUUUCUAUUAUUAUUAUAAUGCAGGUCAGACGGACCCCUUGUGCUUGCGAUCCCCUGUGAAUAAACAAGAGCGCUGGCUGUCUGGUAUUUUACUUGAACUAAGAACCUCGAUGCUGAAGUGUUUCUGGAUGAGUUGUGACGGAGAAGAUCAGAACCAAGAGCCGCCGUGUUUUAAAGAGACCUGUCUGACUAAAUGGUCACGAAUGAGGGUAUUUUGCUUUGCUUUGUCUUCCAUCCCCUCGUCCGCGACUCUUGCUGCUGUUUGUAAAGAAAAAUACAAUUUAACAACAAAAAAAGUGCCAGUUGGAGCUUUUGUGUCUUCAGCAGUCGGAGGACACAGAGUUUGGCUCUCGCUCGCGGCUCCUUCGGUUCAUCCGUUUGUCCUCGGUUGCAGAAAUGAAAAAUGUGAAGCCGUCUGUCAAUUUCGACGCGAAAAUCUGGCAGGAUAUCAAGCACAUGAUGUACAAUUUUUUGUGUGUGUGUAUUAUUCAAAUUUAAACCAUUGUUCCUAUUAUCACUGCAAGACGUUUGUUUUACAGCCAAAGCAUGUAACAUGUUGCUUUAAGCCUUUUGACUGGGCGACGCAAGACUUGACGAUGUCGACAUUUCCAGUGGCCUGUUAUUGAUAUACUUAAGAAAAGAAAAAAAAACUGGUUAUGAUUUGUAGCCUGAUUCCCUCUGUACAGAUGUCAUGACUAUAUUGAAAUAUAUAAUUACAUACGGUAUAUAUUUAACACAAACCUGAGUUCUGACGAGUGAAGUGGACGCUUGGGUUAUACGUGUACAAAUUGCUGAGUAUUGUACUUAUGAUUUCAUUUUUUAAUGGUUUACUUUCAUUGCAUUAAGACAGCUGUAUAGUGGUGUAUUAAACUUUGCAAGCAGUA